AUGUGACAUAACCACCACGAGCAAAGUGUGUAACUUCGCGAUGUGUUUAUCAAUUUUACAAUUUUCCUUGUAGUUUUGAAUACAGUAGUGUCUUGAAUUUAGUUUAUUAUAUCAAUUGCCAUCAUGUCUUACACACUAAUGCGCUAUUUGAGGCGUACAGCGCUGGUAUCGCCGCAAAUUCGCUUGGAACAUACCAUGACAAACCUAACCCAAGAAGAUUUCGUAUUUCGGCCUCCCCUAGCUCAGUGGAGCAAAGUUAUAAGGCAAGCAGAGAAGAUAGUGGGAUACCCGACCUCUUUUAUGAACCUGCGAUGGCUGUUGAGCGAUGAAUUCGCCAAUUUAGCGAUGCACUUACGGAAAGUUGUGGACACCGACCAUCCAAUCAUAAAGACAGCGAAGACGGUCCUAUACAAUGAGCACAACAACCUCCAACCGUGGGGACUCGUCAUCCUCCUGCUAUCCAAAGCCGUCAACCCUGGCUACUCAACAUUACAACAAGACUCCAUCUCAGAGAACCAAAGAAUACUGGCUGAACUGACAGAAAUGAUACGCACAGGCCACUACAUUCAUCGAGGCCUUCUAAACGUACCCAUUGAAGACAGAGACAAGAAUAUCGACACAACCAUGUUCGCUAAUAAAAUAGCAAUACUAAUCGGUGACUACUUGCUUGUAACUGCCAAUGGGAUGUUGGCAAGACUAAAAAAUCAAGACCUCUCGUAUUUAAUAUCGACAGCAUUACGGGACAUAAGUGAAGGAGAGUUCUUCGGCGAUAGAGAUUCUCAAAAUAUGCCACUACCUGGCAAGCCUAUAAGGAGUGAAAUGGAUGACUUCCAAAUAUGUAGUGAUACUUUGCCAUUAGAUGUUACAAGAACUCUCGGCUCUCCAAUAAGAGAGUGGACGUUACGGACUAUGUACAAUGGAGGGUCACUCUUCGGCCGAGGGUGUCAAGGUACUGUGUUACUGGCCGGCCAGACCUUGGACGAGCAAGAAAAAGCUUAUCUUUUCGGCUCUCAUUUGUGUUUAGCGUGGCAAGCGGCCAGUGAAUUGCAAAAGCUGACAUCGGAAAGCAAUAAAUCAUAUUCCUUAGUAAGUGCUCCAGUCUUAUUCGCUCUAAAUGACAACCCCAAUCUGUACACAACAAUAGCAAAAGGUAAACGAAAUAUUACUAGCAUAGAUUUAGAAGAAUUAAAGUUUGAUAUUUUAAAAACUGAUGCAGUUGAACGGACUAAAUUGUUGUAUCUAGAGAAUGCAAAUAAAGCUGCCAGUUACAUAGAAAUGUUCGGUGACAGUGAAGUUAUUGAUACAAUUAAGAGGUUAAUAAAGACGUUGUAGUAGAAACUAUAAUAAGCAGUACACUUAGAUACUUUUAAGUUAUUUGUAAAUCCAUUUUUGUUCAUCAUUUGUGAAGGACUUCAUACAUUUUAUAAACUGGCUUUUUAUAAUUUAAAAUCGAAAAUUCCGGUUCCUAAUAAUUGAUUUUACAGUAUUAUUAAGUUGCAUACUACAUUAUUUUAAUUAUGUUAUAAAUAUAUUAUUGAGUAACCACUACAAGUGGGGUUUCUAGCCUGGUAAAUGUCCACUCUCAUAGCUAGAUCAAACAACUAUUUAUACAGGACGACAGCACAUCUAGCUAAACUGGCAAUUAUUUGUAGUGUCAAUGAGUCCUAUUUCGCAAUAAAAAAUAUACAGGAUGUCCCAAAAAAUAGUGUCAACUCGAAAAACACCACAGUAUAUAGAACAAUCUGUUGCUUAAGUAGUAAUGGCAUAAGGUACAAACAUCACAUGACCUCUGUUAAAUAGUGAUAAAUACUGUAUAAAUAAAUAAGUAUGUACGAAUUCACACAGUGUCGCGAAAUAAGCGUUAGCUAGUACAUUAUGGUAACAGCUCGAAUGUGAUCUAGUUUUGUAUAAGUCCGCGUAAUAUUAAAUCGCAAACUAUCAAACGCGCGAAUAUUCGCCUAGUACAGACUCGCAAAUCGUCUAAACUUCUAAAGUAAUGGUUAUGUAAUGUGUGUUAAAUAGAGCAUUUAUUCGUAUUAGAAUUGUUACAGACGGCAGGCACCUAGAAGGUGCCCAGUUAAAAAUGAUUUAGAUACCUCUGAAAGGAAUCGUUUAAUAUUGUUUUUAGUAAAUAUACAUUUUAACUAUGUUAUGUGAUAAUAAGAAUAAAGUUUUUUUAAUCGUUUAUAA